CUUUGGAGCAGAGAAGAAGACGUGAAGAGGCGUCCUCUCCGCUGACAGUCCGCCAUGCUCACUCUGCUGCACCACUGUGGUCGCAACUUGCUGACAUUGAAGACAGUUCAGUCGGUGAAUCAAAGUUACUACACCACACAGAUGGCCAAACGCGUGGCAGUGGUUUUGGCGGGCUGCGGAGUUUAUGAUGGCAGCGAGAUCCACGAGGCCUCAGCUGUUCUGGUGCACCUGAGCAGAGGAGGAGCAAGUGUAAACAUGUUUGCUCCCAACAUCGAUCAGAUGCAUGUUGUAAAUCACCUGAAAGGAGAACCGUCUGAGGAGAAGAGAAACGUGUUGGUGGAGAGCGCCAGAUUGGCCCGUGGAAACAUCCAAGACCUGUCUAAGCUCAGUGUCAAAGAACAUGAUGCUAUUAUAUUCCCAGGUGGUUUUGGUGCAGCAAAGAAUCUGUGCACAUGGGCUGUGCAGGGGAAGGACUGCUCUGUAAAUGACGAGGUUAAGGCCACACUGCAGGCGUUCCACAGCGAGGGUAAACCCAUCGGCCUCUGCUGCAUCUCCCCUGUUCUGGCCGCCAAGGUGUUUCCCGGCUGUGAGGUCACCGUCGGUAUCGAGAAGGAUGACAAGUACCCUGACACCACUGGCACAGCAGAGGCCAUCAACCAGCUGGGCUGCAAACAUGUUAGUAAGAGUGUCGGCGAGAGCCACGUGGACCAGAAGAACAAACUGGUCACCACCUCCGCCUACAUGUGCAACGCUCCCAUACACGAGAUCUUUGAUGGAAUCGGAGCGAUGGUUAAGGACGUGCUGAAACUAGCUUGAAUGUAGCAAUACUCGCUUUUGGGGAAAAUAUCAGAGGCUUUUAUUUUAGAUAUUUUUUUGUCUGAUAUAUUGACUUCCUGAUUUAAAGCACUAAAAAAAAUACAUGUUAGUAGUAAUGUGGGCUACAUGGUCUGUGUUACUUUACUUUGCAAAACUCUGUUUUACUGACUGGAUUGUAAACUAAUACAGAGCAUCAAAAUGUCAAACUGAAGAAUGACAUUCAGAAUAUGAGAAGCAGCUUGUACAAAAAAUUCAAUAAAA